AUGUACUCGGAAAAACCGCUCUUCACCAAGCUGAUAAUGAGCGGGUUGACCACCAUGUUAACUUUGGUGUCUGCCUGCUGUAAUGGCUUUGUUAUUGUAGUCGUUGCCAGAUUCAAAUCGUUACGAACAGUUCCAAACAUUCUCCUUUCCAACCACGCUCUGGUUGACUUGGCCAAUGCCAUCAUCUGUGUGCCUCUUUACACGAUGUACACCGUUUUAGAGGCCCGUUGGUUUCGAGGGAAGACUUUGGCAAUCAUGACAAGUUUCUUUGACCGAGUUUAUAUCGUUAUCAACCUUACCUCGCUGUUGGCGAUGAUCGUUAAUAUUUUCCUUGCCAUUUCCUAUGACAUGAAGUACAGCAUCUGGAAAAGCAACAGAAAAGCCUUACUGUGCGUUUUCCUGAUCUGGUUGAUCGGCGUGGUGUUUGUGAUUGUCGUCUCCAUUCCCCUUCUUAACAUAGAUCUCGGAAACGCUCAUGUCACUGAAUACAGAGCGGUAAUUUACGAGCAAGGAAAAUAUUUUGUGGCAUCGUUCAUGGCAUUCUUCAUCAUUUCUGUUGCAAUUCUUGGCUUCCUGACGACUCGCGCAAUAAAAUCGCGACGGAAAAAGCGGGCCGAGAUGAACUUAAGCCCUCUGCAAGCCGAAGUUCGUUUAAAACGCGACAUUCGAGCUUGCAAAACCAUCGCCAUAAUAAUCGCUACCAACUUCUUUGCCCAUGUUCCCGCAAUAUUAUUUGCAGUGGUGGAUUUAGAAAAUCGUUCAUCGGCCCAAUCCUGGCUUGCAUUCUUUGCAGUCUACAUUUUUUACCUCAGUAGUGCAUUGAACCCGAUUAUUUACUGCGUACGAAAUAGUCGAUUGCAAUCCGCUCUCAGGCAGUUUCUAAAAGAUCCCCUUGGAUCUCGCGACUUUAGGGAGAAUGCUGUUGUCACGAUCAACGCAAGAACCAUGAGUAAUGAUGACCGCAUAGUAGGAACAAGGGACAACAGAGUGGAGCACGCAUGCGCAAGCGAACUUGAUCCGCUUGGGGGCCAAACAAGGCGGAACAAUUCAAAUGAUCAGAAAGACGAAGAGAUCAUCCUUUCCAUAAACAGGAUACCGAUAGAGGCCUGGCCUCAAAUAAAUGGCAACAACACGGAACACAGGGGAUCUAGAAUGCCACGCCCAGAG